AUGGCGCACAUUGGGAAACCGAGUGUGCCGCCUGCUCAGCCCGACGGGCAGAAGCCGCCGGUGGACUCUCACUCCUGGCCUGCUCUGCACGCCACCGCCCAGUGCCCAGAUGAUCAAUAUCCAACCAAGUAUCGAGUCCAGUGUAUCUCCAAAAGAAUAACUUUCCUGUUCUAUGAAGAACAUCUGGGCAUCAUCCUUAUCUCCUUUACUCUACUGUUGUUCCUAAUCACAGGCUUUGUUUUAAUCAUAUUCAUUAAAUACCUUGAGACACCUAUUGUCAAAGCCAACAACCGGGACCUCUCCUUCAUCCUCCUGGUCUCCCUUCUGCUUUGUUUCUUAUCCUCCUUGUUCUUCAUUGGCCGACCAAGGAAAGCCACCUGCCUUCUCCGACAAACAGUGUUCAGCAUUGUCUUCUCUGUAGCCGUGUCAUCUGUGUUGGCCAAAACGAUCACAGUAGAGCUGGCAUUCCUAGCCUCAAAACCAGGUAAUAAAGUGAGAAGAUGGUUGGGGAAGAGCUUGGCCAACUCCAUCAUCCUUUCUUGUUCUGCUGUCCAAAUUCUCAUCUGUGCCAUAUGGUUGGGAGUUUCUCCCCCAUUUCCUGACUCUGAUCUGCACUCCCAGCCUGGAGAGAUUAUCCUUCAAUGCAACGAAGGCUCUGUCACCAUGUUUUAUGUUGUCCUUGGCUACAUGGGCUUACUUGCUACCAUUUGCUUCAUGGUGGCUUUCCUGGCCAGGAACCUGCCUGGAACUUUCAAUGAAGCCAAGCUGAUCACCUUCAGCAUGCUGAGAAGCCCGUCUUUGUUUAGCUGA